CGGUUGCUUGUCGCGCUAAAUCGUCAGCAGUUAUCCAAUCUCUCUUGCGCUCUCUUUCCCACUUGCUCGCUUUGUGCCACCAUAAACCGUUGUUGUACUUUGGGAAAGGCGCGCGCGUGCGCUCUCGUUUGCUAAAAAGCAGAAAAAGCUAAUAAUAAGAAGUAGCAGAAGGCAGGCGGCAGCGGCUGCGGCGAGCAAGUGUUCUGCAAGACGAAGCGUGAAGUGCAGCCACACGCUGUUGUGUUUUUGUUUUGUUUUUGUUAUUGUUAUUUUGUUUGGUAUUCAUAUACAUAUGGGCAGAAGCAUGCGAAUAAUUUGAUCCGGAUCUAAUCUGAUCUGAUCCUGAGAGGCAACUCAAUCUAUUGCGCAAGUGGCUAAACGUAUCGCUUACAAUUACGCUCGUGUGACACCUUUAACUGUGUGCAACUAUUACACCUGCUGCAGCGCUCGGGAACGCGGUCAUGUUCAUCAUUUCAGUUGGAGCUGAGCAAACGAGACGCCAACUAUCAUAACACACGAUUUCCAAAGCUGUUCCAGGAUGUCGGACAUUUACUAUUGCAGCAAUAGCCAGAUCAAAAAAUCUCGCGAUGCAGACAAAAAUGUUGUCGGCAGUAAUUCAACGGCAACAACAGUAACAAAUACAUCAGGAACAGCAGCCGCAGCGGACAAAAGAAACAGCAGCAGUAGCAACAACAACAACAACAACAACUGCAACAACAAUCGUAACAGCAGCAAAGACAAAAGCAAGGAGAUGCAAACAAAUGGCGGCAAAACCAAUUGGAAGGGCCUCGUCCAAAGCAAUCCCAAUCCCAAUGGUAAUGGCAGUGGCGUCUUGCCGACGACAGCUGUCUCUCAGCCGCCCAAGGUCUUUCACAACACACGCUGUACGCGACACCAUAAGCCCCAUCAUUCUCACACCAAUGGCAACGGACUUGUGCCAGCCACUGUAGCAGUUGGAGCCGUAGCUGGUGCUGGAGCGGAUCAGCGGGACCGAGAUCAGCAGCUGCAUCAGGCACAACAACAGCAUCACCUGCACAUGCACAGCCACAGUCACAAUCAUGCGCAUCAUGGUCUGCGUCGCAAGUCCGAGUCCGUGCUAUCCACUGACUCGGACAUACGUUUCACACGCCGCAAACUGGGCGAUAGCCAGAAGUGCGGAUGCGCUGUGAUAGCCGGCUUCCUUAUUGCUCUGCUGGUGGCCGGCGCCUUUGUUUACGUGGGCUACACAUACUUUCGACCGGAGCCGUUGCCGGAUCGCGUGUUCCGCGGCAAGUUCAUGGUGCUUAACGAUAAGUGGAGCAUGGAGCUGGCCAAUCAGAAUUCGCUGCGUUUCCAGCACAAGGCACGUGACUAUCGGGAACGCAUCAAUCUAACGUUGCGGCGCUCGGAUCUACGUGAAGCUUACGAGGGCAGCGAGAUUCUGGCUUUAGACGGCGAGGACAACAACAACAUUGUGGUUCACUUCAAUAUGAUAUUUGAUCCGUAUGCGGGCCUCGUCAGUAGUGGAGAGCUGCUGGCCUUGUUCCACGAGGAGCUGAGCGAUGCGCAUAGUCGACAUUUUGCCAACAUGACCGUAGAUGUGGCGAGCGUGACCAUUAAAGAAACAACUGGACUGAUCGAGGAGCCCAUCAUGUCCAGCUCGCCGCUAGGCGGCCACGACGAGACAACGGAGCCCACAAGUACAACGCCACGUCCAUUGCCGCGCCGCUGUGAGCCGCUGCAGUUGAACUACUGCCGCAACGUUGGCUACAAUGUGACCACCUAUCCAAAUCUGCUGGGUCAUGCCACUUAUGAGCAGGUGGUAGACGAUGUCAUAGUGUUCCGCGAGCUUGUCGACGGCGAAUGUUUCCGUGAGGCCUACGACUUUGUUUGCCGUCUGCUGCAGCCGCCCUGCGAGUCGCACGGCAUUAGUCAAGAGCCGACGGCCGGCGCCAUAUGUCGCGAGUACUGUGAGGCGUUCAUGGCCGGGUGUGGAGGCCGAUUGCCUGCCCGGUUCCGCCAGCACUUCGACUGUGAACGGUUCCCUGAGUCGACAGGCACACAAUCCUGCCAGCAGAAACCUCACUGCGUCGGUGAUAUGCAGAGCAAUGUCCAGAGUCCGCGCCUUUGUGACGGCUAUGCCGACUGUCCGGAUCUGUCGGAUGAGCGCAGUUGCGCCUUUUGCGCCCCUAAUGCUCUCUACUGUGGACGUGGGCGAGCCUGUGUGCCGCGCAAGGCGCGUUGCGAUGGCAAAGCCGACUGUCCGGAUGGCGCUGACGAAAAGGAUUGCCUGUCAAUAGCUCCUUUAGCCGCGGAUCUAUUGCAGCCGGAGCCUUGGGUACCCUAUCUCCCACGCUUCCAUGCCGCCGGCUAUGCUGUCUUCUCCGAGAAGGGCAUUGUUGGCAAACUGUGCGCUGAGGGAUUAGAAGGUGAUGCGAAACUAGUAGUUCGUCAGACCGUCUCGGAAUCCCUAUGUAAAUCGCUGGGCUAUGAAUCUGUGGAGAUCUUUGAUGUACAAAAUGAUACGGAACAGUUGUCAGAUUACGUGCGCGUCUUGGACCCACAUGCGCCGGAGAUCAGCUUCAUACGCACCCAUUGCCCCAAGAGGCAGGUGCUCUAUGUGGGCUGUGGCGAUCUGCGCUGCGGCGUGCAGUCGGCGCUGCCAAAUGCCAAGCAGCAUCUGUCACUGCCCAAGAUGUCAGCUCCGGGCGAUUGGCCAUGGCUGGUGGCACUGUUCCGUGAGGAUAUCCACGUUUGUGACGGAACGCUAAUAUCGCCGGACUGGGUACUGACCACGGAGAGCUGCUUCCAGGGUCAGCCAAGGGCCACCUGGAUGGCCAUAGUGGGUUCAGUACGUUUGUCGGCGAAAGCGCCGUGGACACAGCGUCGUCGCAUCAUUGGCAUGAUCAAAAGUCCCGUUGAGGGCUCCACAGCUGCACUGGUCCGCCUCGAAACGCCGGUCAGUUUCUCGGAUCACGUGCGCCCCAUUUGCCUGCCAGAUGCACUGCAACGGCAGCAGCAGCAAACGCCAAUGCAAAGGCGUGCCUAUGUUCCAGUGGCAGAGCGCUUGGAAGCACCAGCUGCAUCGCACUCGCAGCGUCGGCUGGCCCAGGAGACGCAACAGUUCUUCCUCAUACCCUCACGGCAGGAGCAACCAGACGGCUCGGAUGACAGCACCGAGAUGCAUGAAGAUGACAUUGGCUAUGACCAUCUUAUAGCUGAGGCCGCAGCAUCCCAAAUGCCGCGUGCCGAGGCCUUGCAGCAGCUACCAGAGGUUGACGAUGAACAUCCACAGCUGGACGCCUAUCCGCUGCCAGACAGCGCCCCACAGGUCAACUACUACAGCCCAUCCCCUGCCUCGCAAGCAUCCAAAACUACCAAACCACCCAGUGCUCCAGAACAAAUCUGGACGAACUGCAACACGCUCGGCUGGUCCCGACAGCGCGAUCAUCUGCAGCGGGUGCAGCUCAAAAUUGGGGACAUGGCACCCUGCGAAAACGUCUCCAUAACUACGGUCAAUUCCAUGUGCAUGGAGGCCACCUACCAGAAAUACGACUGCACGCAAGAGGAAUAUUCUGGCGCGCCUGUCCAAUGCCUCAUACCGGGCACCAAUCAAUGGGCAUUGAUUGGCGUCUCCUCCUGGCGAAUCGCUUGUGGACCGACGGGCGUCGAGCGACCGCGCAUGUAUGAUAAGAUCGCCUCCAACGCGGAUUGGAUACGGGAGACAGUGAAUGCGGUGUAGACGCCAAGCGUUACAAUUAUUGCGCCGACAUAUUGUAAAAAAAGAAAAACUAACGUGUAUUAUGUAAAAAGCAAGAAGAAGCAACCUUAAUCUUAAUUUAACUGCAUGUUUUAAUCUAAUAUGUAUUAUUAUAACCAACUUUUUUUUACUGUUUUGUGUAAUAUUUAUUAACUACUUUAACUAUAUGCUAAA